CGGCGCGCGCGCACGAGUGACGUCGGUGGUGAGGGCCGGGCCGCCAUGAAGCCGGCGGUGGAUGAGAUGUUCCCUGAGGGAGCUGGGCCUUACGUGGAUCUCGAUGAGGCAGGGGGAAGCACGGGGCUGCUGAUGGACCUGGCCGCCAACGAGAAAGCGGUGCACGCCGACUUCUUUAACGAUUUUGAAGAUCUCUUUGAUGACGAUGAUGUCCAGUGACCUUGGUUGUCCAGCAUACAGUGCUGAGAGGCCAAUUGCCUGUGGUGGCUGUUAAUUAUUUAAGUAAUCAAAACAGGAAAAUCGCCAGGGGGUGGAAGGGGAGAAGCUGUAUGAGCUCUUUGGGAAAUAAGAAAAGCAGUUCCUUAAAGACAACCCAGGAGGGAAUUGUGGACUGUUGUUUCUAGAAAGCUGUGUGUAGGUUUUCUGUUAAAUUCUUGCUUACUGACAUGCUCAUUCAAUAAAAUAUUAAAAAGCC